AAAUUUACAAUCAUUGAAAUUAUGUCGGGUAUAUUGUUUUCCUUUAAGUAAUUAUUUUACUAAGUGUUAGUUGACACGAUAAUUUAAAAUGGCACCAAAGAAAGGCAAAGGAAAGAAAGGUCCCCCUGAGUCAGGAUGGAUGCCUGGCUUUGGGACCAAAGGCACAAUGACCACAUACUUCCAGUACCCGACCCCUGAGCUGCAGGAGGAGCUCCGCAAGAUUGCCCAGGCUAUUGUAGCCCCCGGCAAAGGUAUCCUCGCUGCUGAUGAGUCCACUGGUACCAUGGGCAAGCGUCUGCAGGACAUCGGCGUGGAGAACACCGAGGAGAACCGCCGCAAGUACCGCCAGCUGCUAUUCAGCACUGACCCCGCCAUCUCCGAGAACAUCUCCGGCGUGAUCCUGUUCCACGAGACGCUGUACCAGAAAGCCGACGACGGCACCCCUCUGGUGGGUCUUCUGGAGAAGCGCGGUAUCAUCCCCGGCAUCAAGGUCGACAAGGGUGUCGUUCCGCUGUUCGGCUCUGAGGACGAGUGCACCACCCAGGGUCUCGAUGACUUGGCUCAGCGCUGCGCGCAAUACAAGAAGGACGGCUGCCACUUCGCCAAGUGGCGUUGCGUGCUGAAGAUCGGCCGUAACACGCCUUCCUACCAGGCUAUCCAGGAGAACGCCACUGUAUUGGCCCGCUACGCUUCCAUCUGCCAGAGCCAGCGCAUCGUGCCCAUUGUGGAGCCCGAGGUGUUGCCCGAUGGCGAGCACGAUCUGGACCGCGCGCAGAAGGUGACCGAGACCGUGCUGGCCGCCGUGUACAAGGCGCUCAGUGACCACCACGUCUACCUCGAGGGGACCCUCCUCAAGCCCAACAUGGUGACCGCCGGACAGUCCUGCAAGAAGACUUACACCGCCACCGACAUCGGCCGCGCCACCGUCACCGCUCUGCUCCGGACCGUGCCCGCUGCCGUUCCCGGCGUGACCUUCCUCUCCGGCGGGCAGUCCGAGGAGGAGGCGUCCGUGAACCUGAACGCCAUCAACACGGUGGAGCUGAAGCGGCCCUGGGCCCUCACCUUCAGCUACGGGCGCGCGCUGCAGGCCUCCGUGCUGCGCGCCUGGGGCGGCAAGCCGGAGAACGUGCUGCCCGGCCAGCAGGAGCUGCUCAGCCGCGCCAAGGCCAACGGACAGGCGUCUCAAGGCAAAUACGUGGCUGGAUCAGUUACAGGUGCGAGCGGCGAUGCCGGACUUUUCGUCGCCAACCACGCCUAUUAAAAAAAACUUAAAAAUAUACCAAUUACAACCGGCCUAUAAAAUACCGGUUUCAAAUAGAUUCAACGAUAGCUGAAUCCUUAUUCCAAUUGCCAUAGAGCGCAUGACAUUUUACUUUUACCGCCAUUUUGAAAAUGGCCGGCUUGGCGCGAAAAGUCAUUUUAAGCGUAAACUUAGUUAAGGUUACUCGAAUAAUUUAACCUGCUUCAUAAUGAGAUGUUGUCCUGUCGAGAAUAAGCUGUAGAUCACUUGUAUUAUCAAUUUGAGAUUAGUGUGUAGAUUCACCGUAUUAUUGGAAUUGCUUCAUUAUGUAGUUAAGUAAAAUGUCUCACGUUGUUAUGGGUAUAAAAUUUUAGAAAAAUUGAUGUUGAGAUUAUAUAGAAAAUUUGGUAUAACCAUCGAUUUAUUUAUAUACAGUGAUAUCAUUAUAAAUGUUACAGUUGGUAUUUAUUUAUGGAUUUAUACGUAUUUUAAUUUUGAUAAUAUCAAUUUUAGUUUGUAACGUAUUUUGAUAAUUUAAGAGUAAUAUAUUCUUGAUCAAU